AUGUUCAAGUCGAAAGUGAUCAUCCCGACAAUCUAUUUCCAAUCCUCGCAAUAUCCUUGGCUUGAUAGCCUUCGGUCUCACUAUCAGCCACGGCGCACGAAUCACCCUUCAUUCACCAAAGUCAAGACGGCACAAAUGUACGUGACGGAAAACGAGAAGCAUUCACCGCAGCCACGAGUUGACCAGAACGCAGGCCUAGUUUUGCAGAAAGUCCAUGGCUACACAGCCGGGCAAUAG